GCCGCUUUGAGUUGGGAAGGAAUGAAGGAGGCUGUGCCUCCGGGUUGCACUAAGAGUCCGAGUCAUUUCUCAGAACCCUGUGAUAGGUGGACCUUAGAGGAGACGCCGCCGAGCCCGGCAAGAAUUGGAAAACACCCUCCUGUCUGUCUGCCUGGGAGAGACAUAGAAAUCGGCACGUCUCUUAAUGAAACUGAGAAGAAAGCAGUGCAUCAGCCAUAAGUACCUCGAAGUAUCUUGCAUGGCUGCCAGGAGAAGGUGAACACUACAAGGAAGAUGGCUUCCAGCGUGGGUCCCGCCUAGCACCGUCCAGCUGCCGAGUCAGGACCAGCGGGAUGUACCACUAGAUAGCCAUGGAUGGAGCCCCCAGCGCGGCCCUGCAGCUGCAGCAGCUGCCACCCACGAGCAGUGCCAGCGUCGUGAGCGAGGGCUCCUUCUCCUACAAGGAAAACUUGAUUGGUGCCCUCUUGGCAAUUUUCGGACACCUCGUGGUCAGCAUUGCGCUUAACCUCCAGAAGUACUGCCACAUCCGCCUGGCAGGCUCCAAGGACCCCCGGGCCUAUUUCAAGACCAAGACAUGGUGGCUGGGCCUGUUCCUGAUGCUGCUGGGUGAGCUGGGCGUGUUCGCCUCCUACGCCUUCGCACCUCUCUCGCUCAUCGUGCCCCUCAGUGCCGUCUCUGUGAUAGCUAGCGCUAUCAUAGGAAUCAUAUUCAUCAAAGAAAAAUGGAAACCUAAAGACUUUCUGAGGCGCUAUGUCUUAUCCUUUGUUGGCUGCGGUUUGGCUGUCGUGGGUACCUACCUGUUGGUGACAUUCGCACCCAACAAUCAUGAGAAGAUGACAGGCGAGAACGUCACCAGGCACCUUGUGAGCUGGCCUUUCCUUUUGUACAUGCUCGUGGAGAUCAUCCUGUUCUGCCUGCUGCUGUACUUCUACAAGGAGAAGAAUGCCAACAACAUAGUCGUGAUUCUCCUCCUGGUGGCGCUACUCGGCUCCAUGACGGUGGUGACAGUCAAGGCCGUGGCCGGGAUGCUUGUCUUGUCUAUUCAAGGGAACCUGCAGCUCGACUACCCCAUCUUCUAUGUGAUGUUUGUGUGCAUGGUGGCAACUGCUGUCUAUCAGGCCGCGUUUUUGAGUCAAGCCUCACAGAUGUACGACUCCUCUUUGAUUGCCAGUGUGGGUUACAUUCUGUCCACAACUGUCGCUAUCACAGCAGGUGCAAUCUUUUACCUGGACUUCAUCGGGGAGGAUGUGCUGCACAUCUGCAUGUUUGCGCUGGGGUGCCUCAUCGCGUUUUUGGGUGUCUUCCUGAUCACACGUAACAAGAAGAAGGCCACUCCGUUUGAGCCCUACAUUUCCAUGGACGCCAUGCCAGGUAUGCAGAACAUGCAUGACAAGGGGAUGACUGUCCAGCCUGACCUCAAAGCUUCUUUUUCCUACGGGGCCCUGGAAAACAACGACAACAUUUCUGAGAUCUAUGCUCCAGCCACACUGCCAGUCAUGCAAGAAGAACACAGCUCCAGAAGCGCCUACCGAGUCCUGGAGCACACCAAGAAGGAAUGAGGCUCACCUCUCUCGAUUUUAUACCCGUUCAGGCCAGGCUGACAGUGGUUCAACCCUUAAUUUUAAAACUUACCUUUCAAGUCUCAUUUUUUGUAACUGAGAACUCUGCGAAUGGAGAUCUUGGAAAGCUUUUGUGUCUGGCAAAAGAUAUGUUAUCUUGGUCUGGAAAUUUCAAAUAAUGGAGGUGGGCAGAUGAAAACAGUAUUCCAUGCGGGCGGUAGGGGAUUCAGCCUCUGCCUGGCUUAGCCCAGCGGGAUUUGGAAAGCCAUCUUUCUGGCCUCAAGGAUGAUAUCUGAGCUUCCUCAAUCGACGGCCAAAGCUUGCCCAUGCCAGAGCUAAGGUAGACAGAGACUCUGCCCUUACUUCCCAAAUCCAGUGAAAGGUGGGGACCUCCAGUCUCGUCUUCCCCCACUGCACGUGCAUGCCUGUCUAUACCCAUCUCACAUGAUGCCAUGUGUGUGAUGACAUUCACAUCACCCGCCCUCACAGAGCCAGUCAGCCCUGGGUGGAAUAUGAAUGCCAUUCGCGUGUCGGGAAUGCACGUUUGCCUUCCGAUUGUCUGUGCCUUUCCAGUGAAGAUGUGCUUGAUGUGUUUAUAUUAGAGUUACUCUGAAAUGUAACUACUGGCUUGUUUUUUGGUCCUGUGAGAACUACUGGCUUGUUUCCCCCCCAAAGGUACUGGAAAGUUACAAGAAGGGGAAGAAAGAGGAGGAGGAUAGGAGCAAGGGUAAUGAUACUCCAGCCCACAGGAGAAGAAGUCACUCUUACUCUUACCUUUAAAAGGGGAUAGACAGAAAUCCAACUGUUUCAUGUGUUACUUUCAUUCUAUGUGUAGGAAAGUGCCCUCUGGGGAGAUAGGGGGUGCUCAUUUCCGAGACGGCCACUCCUCUCCUCCAGACUCUCUUUACAGAGCCACAAACUGAGCUUGAGUCACUGGUUAAUUUAUUUGGCAUCAAUAGAGACGCUCUGGGUCCCUGUCCCCAUGCACAUACAUCUGGGGGAAGCAAGCGUCCUCAGAAACAGGGCUGUCGCUUUCCUUCUAGCUGCAUACAUGACUCUCUUCCCUAGACUGUGCUUCUGAGAGAGGCAGGUCAAAGGUCUGCAAGCUGUAAUGAGCAUAAGCAUCCCCAGGCGUUUGUGUCCAAUGAAGAUUCCUGCAUCCUGCGUGCAGACUCUGGUUAAGCGGGACUGGGGUGGGGCCCAAUGGUCUCGUGCUUAACUGGUGAUUCUGGUAAUCCAGAAUACUCACUUCUAGAAAGCCUAAUAGUGGAAACUCCAGGGCCCCACUCACCCCUGCUAGAAAGUUCGAAUUCCCGGCUCUGUUUCCUUUCUGGGGUUCUUUGGCAGGCUAAAUGAUCCCUAUAGGAUCUGUGACCUUUCUUCAUCCAGUGAAUACUGUUUACAUCCACACUCACAGCUUCCUAUGAUCCUUCAAUAGGCAAGACAACAGUGUUGAUAGGACAAUGUUCAAAGCUCAUUUAUCCUUAGGGAAUGUGUGGACUACUGAUCUAGCACCUUGACUUCAAAAACUCGGACACCUGUUGCCUGUGAUGGCCACUUCUGUAUUAUCUGAACCACUUCUGUAUUUGUGUCUAAAAUACCUACAGAGGUAACAGACUAUGAACUUUCCUCCCUUAGGGUGAGUGUCAACCCAAGUCCCCAGUGCUUAGAAGGCAUUUACUAUGUGUUAACCAUUCGGAGGCCAAGGCUACAAAGGUGAGAACUGGUUCCUGCCCUUCCUCCAGGCCAGCAGGGGAAACACAAAUACCAGGGAAACUGACAGGGGUCACAGAAAGUGAUAGAUCUGGAGACCCUGCAAAAUGUCCAGCCCUGAGCUCCAAAGGGUAUUCAGCAGUGGAGAUGAUUUUAGCCACACUCACAGGCAGGUGGCAAAUCUAGCUGAUUUGAGCAAAGUAUAAAAAGUAGGGUGAUCACUCUCCAAGCAGAGGGGCCUUCACAAAUUGUGGGGAGGGGUGGGGUUGGCAAGGAAGAGCCAGGAAAGGUGGUGGGAGUCGGGCCUCAAAAAUAAGCAGUGGAGGCCAAAUCAUGGAGGGCUGAGGAGUUUAAAGUGUAGUCUUUGGGACACGGGAGCCACUGAUGGUUCAUGAGGAAGAGAAUGGCAGGAUCAGCAUGAUUGGAAAGGAGGGCUUGUUCAGUGUGGAGGAAGAAUCAGA